GACAUAGCAGCGUUGCUUUUUGUGUAUAAACUUACAAAACAAACACGAUGCUAUUUCGCAAGGAAUGUUCUGAUAACUUAUUAACGAAAACAAAUCACGAGACGACUCUACCUCAUAGAGGACUUUCGAUCUCUCUAGUUUACAGCGGAUAGUAUUAAUUAAUUCUCUAGAAAAGCAAGAUGUUUUUAUUUAUUGUCUUUGUCAGUGUUUAUUUUGGUCCAACGGAGGCUGCUGCGGACUCUUCGUACAUUGCAGCCGUGUACGAGCAUAAAGUUAUCCUGAACCCGAAUCCCCACGUCUCCCUAUCCCGCCGAGACGCCCUCCGACACAUGCAGAUAAACCUGGAUGUCUACGAGCAGCAAGCCGCUCGGGCUGCGGAGCAAGGUGCCCAGAUCCUGGUGUUUCCAGAAGACGGUAUUCAUGGCUUCAACUACACUCGUUCAUCCAUCUCUGGCUACCUGGAAACUGUUCCUGACCCUCAGAAGGAGAGCUGGAACCCCUGCACAGAGCCAGGCAGAUACAGCAACACUGAGGUUCUCCAGCGAUUAAGCUGUAUGGCCCGUCGUUACAACCUUUACCUGGUAGCAAACAUGGCUGAUCUGCAGCCCUGUCCCCUAAAGACAGACCCCUCCUCGUCCUGUCCCUCUGAUGGACGCUGGCAGUUCAACACCAAUGUAGUUUUCAGUUCUGAUGGCUUGCUGGUGGCGCGCUACCAUAAACACAACCUCUACUUUGAGGAGGCCUUUAAUGCCCCUCCACAAGUUGAAGUCAUUACAUUUGAUACACCUUUUGCUGGGAGGUUUGGCCUCAUCGUCUGCUUUGAUAUCCUGUUUCGUGAGCCUACAGUAACCCUGGUGGAAAGGGGUGUGCGUCAGCUGAUCUUCCCCACAGCCUGGAUGAACCAGCUCCCCCUACUGGACACAAUCCAGUUUCAGCGGGCAUUUAGUUUGGGUGCCAACAUCACUCUGCUGGCUGCCAACAUUCGUAAUGACCGACUCAUCAUGACAGGAAGUGGUAUCUACACCCCUUUUUCUGCCACCUACCAUCAUGCCCAGAAAGGCGACCCAGAGGAAGGCAGGCUUCUGGUGGCCAGGGUGCCAGUUUUAGACCCACUGUGGGUGGGACAGAGUACAGCCACAGAGGAUAAAUUGGGUGGGGGUGAAUCCACAUCAUCACCAGUGCUUACAGACUCUGGUUACUGCCACAGAGAAAACUGUGCUGAUCCUUCUCCGCCAGCUGCUUCCCCAGUUCCUCCCUCCCACCAUAUUUUCACCUCAUCCAUGAUGUACGACCCGUUUAAAUUUGUCCACAUAAACAGGACAGAGGGCGAACUCAGUGUGUGUGAUGGUACUUUCUGUUGCUACCUUCAGUAUAAGUGGAUGGCACAAGGCAAAAGGAAAGAGCUCUAUGCACUAGGAGCAUUUGCAGGGACACACACUGUGAAUGGACGUUACGCCCUGCAGGUAUGUGCAGUAGUUCGCUGUGCAGAGUUGGAGGCUAGCUCCUGCGGACAGGAGGUAGAAGAGGCAGAGUCUAAGAUGGACUUCCUGUUGGAAGGGAUGUUUGAGACCAGAUAUGUGUACCCAGCGGUUCUGGCACACCGCCUGGUCCUGGAGCAGCCUGAGAAGUUGGAGAAAACUGCAGAUGGGAGAGUGUCAAUGAAGCACUCAAAUAUGACCGGGGGCUUGGUCACCGCAUGUCUGUAUGGACGAAUGUACCACCUGGACAAUGUAUGAGUUUUUAUGUAGAUGCAAAGCAAACCUGUGAAAAUAAAAGCACAAAAAAGAACUAAAAAAGCACCCAGUGAGCCAGCCUCCACUAUGGCAUAACUCCCUAAUUUCAAGUAGUAAGAAAAGAUUUUUGUCCACUCCUAAAUUUAUAUAAAUUCAGUCAGGAAGAUUUUACAUUAUCUUGCUUACAACCAGCAACAAUCACAUGACUAAAAUAAAUGACAAAAAUCAGAUUUAGAUUUAGACCAGUGAUAUUUAUUUGUUACACAUUCUCUGUCAUAUAUAAACAAAAAUAAUUCAAAAACAAAUAUUUCAUUCAUCUGUUACUUAAUCUUUACAAACAUUGCACCAAGGAGCAUCCAACACCUGUCUGAAAUUUGCAUAUACCUAAAAAAAAAGGCAAUUUUCUAUGUCUUUUAUCUUAUACACACAAACACACACACAAACAUGCAUUCACACACUGUCUAUGUUUACAUAACAGCAGUAUUCUGAUACUAAGACCUUUCUCUGAAUAAGACUGCCUUGUAACAGCAGUUUCUGAAUAUUCUAACCUGAAUAAUGCCACAUGUGGAUAAAGUAAUAAUUCAGUUAGGCUUAUUGUUUAAUUUGAUUACAGUAAAUUGCUUAAUUUGCUUUUUGCAAGAACACUGCUGCAUGUUUUGAGCUUCUUUUUAAAAUAUUUUAUGUCUGUCACAUGAUCUGGCAACACCUGCUCUGGUUGGUUCAGAUAAGAACAGGAAGGCUGUGGUGAGAGGAAAUGAAGAAGAAACCCAAGCAGGUAAUAAAGCUCCUUAUGAUGUGGAUUUAACAAAGGAUUUGGUUGGACGCAAUUAUUGCUGUUGCAAGUUUUGUAAUGUACAUGGGAAUAUAAAUGAAAUAUUCUAUUUGGAACUCAUAGUAAUGAUACCUGAACUACUGGCUUAUCUAAAUUAAGGUCAAUAGUCAGAAUAUUAAUGUGCAUGUACACACAACCAGUGUCAACACUUCGCCCAUCUCCAGUACAGAACACAGACAUCAAAUUCAAACACUGUUUCCACAAAAGUUGGCAAGUUUUCUAAAAGAAU